CCGCCACCCGGGGAGAGGAGAGGAGCGCGCGGCCGCGCAGAGCAAGCUGAGUUGAGUCGAGCCGAGCCGAGCCGGGGGCGCAGAGCGCGAGAGGCAGCGGCGGCGCGGAGCCCAGGUGGCUCCGCUGCCAGAUGGGAGUGCCCCAGUGUGCUGGAUGAAGCUGGCACAUGCACCAUGUCAUCAUGUGUCUCUAGCCAGCCCAGCAGCAACCGGGCCACCCCCCAGGAUGAUCUGGGGGGCAGGGGCAGCAGCAGCAGCAAAAGCCAGCAGCCCUGUGCGGCCCUGCGGGGCCUCUCAUCCUUGAGCAUCCACUUGGGCAUGGAGUCCUUCAUUGUGGUCACCGAGUGUGAGCCGGGCUGUGCUGUGGACCUCGGCCUGGCCCGGGAUCGGCCUCUGAAGGCCGAUGGCCAAGAGGCCCCCCUCGACACCUCCGGGUCCCAGGCCCGGCCCCAUCUCUCUGGUCGCAAGCUGUCUCUGCAAGAGCGGUCCCAGGCUGGGCUGGCAGCCGGCGGCGACCUCGACAUGAACGGACGCUGCAUCUGCCCAUCCUUGCCCUACUCGCCUGUCAGCUCCCCGCAGUCCUCGCCUCGGCUGCCCCGGCGGCCCACAGUGGAGUCUCACCAUGUCUCCAUCACGGGUAUGCAGGACUGUGUGCAGCUGAAUCAGUAUACCCUGAAGGAUGAAAUUGGAAAGGGCUCCUAUGGCGUCGUCAAGUUGGCCUACAAUGAAAACGACAAUACCUACUAUGCAAUGAAGGUGCUGUCCAAAAAGAAGCUGAUCCGGCAGGCCGGCUUUCCACGUCGCCCCCCACCCCGAGGCACCCGGCCAGCCCCUGGAGGCUGCAUCCAGCCCAGGGGCCCCAUUGAGCAGGUGUAUCAGGAAAUUGCCAUCCUCAAGAAGCUGGACCACCCCAAUGUGGUGAAGCUGGUGGAGGUCCUGGAUGACCCCAAUGAGGACCAUCUGUACAUGGUGUUCGAACUGGUCAACCAAGGGCCUGUGAUGGAAGUGCCCACCCUCAAACCACUUUCUGAAGACCAGGCCCGUUUCUACUUCCAGGAUCUGAUCAAAGGCAUCGAGUACUUACACUACCAGAAGAUCAUCCACCGUGACAUCAAACCUUCCAACCUCCUGGUCGGAGAAGAUGGGCACAUCAAGAUAGCCGACUUUGGUGUGAGCAAUGAGUUCAAGGGCAGCGACGCUCUCCUCUCCAACACCGUGGGCACGCCCGCCUUCAUGGCGCCCGAGUCACUCUCUGAGACCCGCAAGAUCUUCUCUGGGAAGGCACUGGAUGUUUGGGCCAUGGGUGUGACACUCUACUGCUUUGUCUUUGGCCAGUGCCCAUUCAUGGACGAGCGGAUCAUGUGUUUACACAGUAAGAUCAAGAGUCAGGCCUUGGAAUUUCCAGACCAGCCAGAUAUAGCUGAGGACUUGAAGGACCUGAUCACCCGUAUGCUGGACAAGAACCCUGAGUCAAGGAUCGUGGUGCCGGAAAUCAAGCUGCACCCCUGGGUCACGAGGCACGGGGCGGAGCCGUUGCCGUCGGAGGACGAGAACUGCACGCUGGUCGAAGUGACCGAAGAGGAGGUCGAGAACUCAGUCAAACAUAUUCCCAGCCUGGCGACCGUGAUCCUGGUGAAGACCAUGAUACGGAAACGCUCCUUUGGGAACCCAUUUGAGGGCAGCCGGCGGGAGGAGCGCUCGUUGUCAGCGCCUGGAAACCUGCUCACGAAGCAAGGCAGCGAAGACAACCUCCAGGGCACCGACCCGCCCCCCGUGGGGGAGGAGGAAGUGCUCUUGUGAAAGGCAGCCCCUGUGUGGAAAGUUGCGGGGCCCCUGCCCCCGGCUCCCCCGCACCCAUGCAUCCACCGCAGCUGGAGGAGGCGAUGGAGUCCGAGUAGCUGCCUGGACCGCUCGACCUCGCAUGCACGCCGCGUCGCCUCUGCGGGGCUGCUACACCCGCGUUUCCAUAGCAGCAUGUCCUACGGAAACCGAGCACGUGUGUAGAGCCUUGAUCGUCAUCUCUGGUUAUUUGUUUCUUCCUUUGUUGUUUUAAAGGGGAAAAAAAAAAAAAAAAAAGGACUUGACUCCGUGACGUGGACCUUGGCCGCUGGCUGGCUGAACAGGCAGGUGUGAGGAGUUGCAGACCCAAACCCAUGUGCAUUUUGGGACAGUUGCUUUUUAAAACGUUUUUAUGCCAAAAAUCCUUCAUUGUGAUUUUCAGGACCGUGUCAGAUAGACCAAGUGAGUGUGUGUGGGGUUUGACAACUGUGGGAAAGUGAGCAGAAAACUCCGACGGUCUGAGGCCAUGGAGGUGGUUGCUGCAUUUGAGAGGGAGUAGGCGGUUAGAUGUGGCUCCUUGCGCAAACCCAAACCGUGGCACCUUCCAGAGUUGUGGACUCCAGGAGGCAGAGUGGGGCUGGCCCUCAGUAACUGCAGGGAGCUCUGAUGCAACUUAUUUCUAAGAAGGAUUUUUAAAUUUUUUUUAUGGGUAGAAUUGUAGUCAGGAAAACAGAAAGGGCUUGAAAUUUAGUAAGUGCUUCUAGAAGGGGAUUUUCCAAGCCUGGAAGGGUAUUUGGCAGCUGUGGAGGGAAAAGUUUCUCCUGAAAGACUGAACGUGUUUCUUCAUAACAGCCGCUGAAAGCAGGUUUCUGAGAUAGUUGACCAAGCUCUGGUAAAUCUCUUUGACAGCUUACAAAAACUUCAGGUGAAAUCCUAUGCUUCCAUGUACAUUACAAGGCUUACGAUUAAACAAAAAAUAUUUUCAAGUCUCUAACUAAACUCUAGAGCACAGUAGUUCAGAAAUGAUUUAGAGCUUCCAGGAUCUAGUUCACGGCUCAGGCAUGUGAUCAGUUAGAGCCGAUGAAACCUAUGCCUGUCUGUAUAUAUUAGCAGCUUAGCUAGUUCAUAAACUGUGUAUUCUAGAGACCGCUAAGGUUUUGUUUUCAUUUUAAGUCCUAGCUGAUUGUUGUGGUCAAUGAAAUACCCAGUUUCUGGAGGGCCAGUUGGGAAAUGCUUUCACUGGACUGACACACAAGUGAUCCUCCUGAGGAUCUGAGCUUCCCUAGACUCCAUACAGUAACCUUGGCACCCUUUUAGAGAAGACGGUUAAAACCCACAGCACUCCUCAGGGCAUGAGGAAACCAGGGCUGGGCACGGGAAGUUCCCCUUUGUAGCUAAAAGUCCAGAAAGGCAGGGUUCAUCUUUUUGACUUCCAAUUAAUAUUGGGAAGUUUGGUUGAGGUUCCAGUGUGACUCCUUUCAGAGCUACGGGUGGGGGAGGGUGAAACUGAGGGGGAGGAAAGCUGGAAAGACUCCGCCCUGGGAGAUUCCCAGCUCUGCUUUCCAGCGCUUGGCAGAAUCUGAGUUGGGGAAAGACCGUACCAGGAAGUGGGUUCGGAAGACUUUGCUUCCCCGUUGUUUCCACCUGAUCAGCCCUGGUGUGAGGACUUCUCAGACGAAGGCAAGGCCUUAUACCCCUGCCCAGCCGGUUCAUAGAGCUCUGGGUAUUCUUGGCUUCCAUAGAUCCUAACUAAGCUCUUGACUGUAGUUUAGCCAGACUUUUCUUGUUAUCUUAUAAGCAGUUCAGAAUUAGGGAAUGCUGGCUUUGAAGAGCAAAGGACAGGUCGUCUAGAGAGUGUCAUCUGGCCUGCUUGCUGGGUCUUUUGUCAUCCAGCACUUCCUCUUGCACUUCUUCUUUACAUUUAUGGGAAAGGACUCAAUGGCCCCAGCCCCCCUGGCACUAGAUGGGGCUUGGCUAGUUUGCAAUAAGCACCUUGCAGAGGUUAAAGCCAUCAGGUCCCUAGUCCGAGGCCCAGCCUGCCUGUGGGCUCUGGCCUGGCCUGGUGGCUGGCCCAGGGGGCGGCAGCGCUCAGAGCUUCUGCAGGGCUUCUCUUGUUUACACAGCUGCAUCCGACAAUGCCAUUUCUCCCCACCAUGGAAAUUUCCAUCUAAGAUUUCUUCCGGGGAAUGCCAGCAAUCAGGCAGCACCCAGCUGUUGGGGCAGUGGGGUGGGAGAGGCCCACAUUGAUGACUUUUUUUUUUUAUACGAAGAAACACCAAAGAAAGCUGUGGAAAGGACCUGUCCCACCUGAAAAGGAUAAGCCAAGAUGGCUGUAAACACAAAGCAUUUGAGCUACACUCUCUCUCGGAGCACACUGAUUUUUCAAAUGCCAGCUCUGUCGGGAAAGGAGGCGCUGUUAUGAGCAGCUCUUCCAGUGGGCACAGAGGACGCCCAUCAUUUCCUCCAUUGCUGGCUCAUCUGUGGGACCAAUCUGGUGUAAGCAACCUGUGGCCUGCACCUGUGGCCUCGAAGGAAGCACAAACCAUCCACUUUCCAUUUCCUCGGCCCUUUUCCACCGCCCCCUUCCAUGCCACCAGUUGCCAGUGGCUCCCAGAAAGCCUUAUCGAGCCCCUUGUUGACACUUGGGGCUGCAGAGGCCUCUCCCCACUGGUCUGGCCUUUCCCGAGAGGCAGGGCUCCCAUCCUCGGCCUUUCUGGAACAAGAUGCCUGUGCAGGUGGAUACACAGGCCUGGUUUGUUGCUGUCACUCGUCUUCCAGUGGGGAGCUUCCAGUGGGGAGCUUCACGUUGCCGAGUGGAAGAAUCAUGACCUCCACUUGCUUCCAAGGUGCUAGGGAAGUUUCAGGGUAUGCUGGUUCCCCGCUCCAGCUGGAGGCCGAGUUUCUGGGGACUGCCAACUUUUCUACUCUAUGAUUGAUUCAACGCCCGAUGCUUCUGUUUGUUUCCUAACCCUUUCUACUAUGCAUUUUCCUUUUAUCAGGUGUGCAGAGUUAAAUACUGUGUAUUUAUCACUAAAAAGUACAUGAACUUAAGAGAAAAAUAAGCCCUUGGUGUUUUUCCACAGAUGUUUAAGCUUCUCUGUAAAGUUGAAAUAAAUAGCAAAAUGGUGCAAAGC